AUGCCUGGGCGCGUGCGUUUCGCUUGGCCUCCCAAGCCUUUUGUGGAAGAGGAGCCCGUCUCGCUCGCUAAGGAACUAAAUGGCCCUCCCAAGGCCAACGGGAAGCCUGGCGGCGGUACUGUCCUCCGAGGGACCGUCGACCAGUACCCUGUCAUCAUGGACGUGGAUUCCUCUCCGGCCUUGAGUAAGCCACCCAGUGCCAGCAGCCCACCUGGCAUGGGUAAUAUUUCCUCAGACGACAACAGUUGCGGACCUAGGACCCCGCCUCCACUGGCACCAGAGCGUCUCACCCGGACUACUUCUGACCCCCGGCCCAUUGAAUCCAAAUCUGUCUCCUUUUCGACUUCGAAGCCAUCCUCAUCCUCGGCAUACUCCACUUCCAACCAAUCUCGAGGGCGUUCAUCCCAGGUCUAUCAACAGCCUCUCGAGCAGCAAACAUCUCGUCAGCCAAGGCCACGAUCCCAAUCCCGACCAAGAGAAGCUGCAAGGUCUGAGGCAGUUCCUGUGCGUCCAGCAGACAGUACGGUCCGUGGACAAAGCUCAGUCGAGCCCCAGUAUAACAGCAGAUCUGAGACGGCACCCAUCUCUCGAUCCCGGAGCACUACUCGUGAACCAAGGCCCGUGGAACCUCAUACUACCAAACGGCCACAAUCGUUCUAUGCCGCUCCAAGCAGCACCCGGGAUUCUGCUAGCACCUACUCCCAGCAAUAUCCGAGACAUGAAAUGGUGUACCCUACUUCUGGAUCUAACCGUGGAACCAGCUAUUCUCAAUCGGAAAACACCGUCAAGCCUCACACGGUGUACACUGGCCCAAGCCCUUCGCAUGCACCUGCUUAUAUCCCAGCCCAAAAUGCUAGGAGCGAGCCUACUUACAAUACCUCAAGUGCUACCCGUGGAGCUGAGCCUCCCUACACCAGAUCUGACACGGUGUACACUGCCCCAGGUGAUUCCUUUGGAUCUUCCUCUGUUCAGCCCAAGAAGACCACCAACUCCGAGCCUUUCCACAAUCCCGGCACUUCUCGUUCAUCUUCUUCUGUUCCGCGCCAGAGUACUUCCAGACCGGAGACUGUGUACACUACUUUAGCUUCCACCCGUGGAUUGGAUUCUGGAAAGCCUCAAAAGUCCGGGCCUGAAACAGUGCAGAUUGUCCCAAGCACCACCCGCAGGCCCAGCUCUGUUCAUUUAAAGGAAUACCACAAGCCUGAGACAGUGCCCAUCGCACCCAGUUCUAGCCGUGCUCCGACUUCAUCCAACUGCCGGGAGACCUCCAGGCCGGAAACCAUUCAAAUUGCUCCAAACACCCGCGGAUCUGGCCCUGAGCAAAGAAUUGCCAGCAGACCGGAGAUGGUGCAAAUUAUCCCGGAUACAUCUCGCGGACCAAGCUCUAAUCACCAGUCUCAACCGAGCUCCCGUGGUCCUGCGCGUGAGUUAGCUUAUUCCCAGGGGCCACCACCGCCAGAACCAUCACUUCGACGGUCUAACAGCACAAAGACUGCCCCGCCGGCGCCAAUGCCGGCUGGACCUCGACCUGAGCCCAAGUCUGCCCCUUCAGACUCUGUGAUCACUAAGACACGACCAGCCUCUUACUAUGGAACUUCUAAUAAACCAAGUGUCCCCACUCAUCCUUCCACAAGUGGAAGGUCUCGUGCUACCCCCACGCUCGCAGAACGAAUUGAGGAAAAGCUUCGACUGCGGCAUUCUCCCCGGGUCUCAGGCACCGUAUCCGUAUCGGACACAGAGGCCCCUCCACCGGUUCCCCCAGUUCCCCAGGUACCACCUAUGAGCACCAAAUUUACUGCUCCGGUAUCUGCACCUGGGCCUCAUUCCCUGUCCGAGGACUUGAGCGGGUCUCAAGUCAUCGCGCCGCCUCCAGUGCGCUCCGCAUUGAAGAACCCGAACACGUCUUCGGAACCGACAUUGUUUCCUGAUAAGUCUUCUUCAAGCAGUCGACGUCGGUCCAACUCCGUCAAAUUCAACGAACCCGUCAAAAUCCAGAUUCAGCACGAACCUUCUCAAAAACGCAGUCCUACUCGCUCUGCACCUCCUCCAGCACCAGCACCGCCAGUGGCCCCUCCACAAGCCCUCGUUGUAGCCCGCGCACCGGAUACAACUGGUUUAUGCACAAUUCCAUGCCCACGUUCAAUUCCAGUGGCCGGGCUUCAGGACUGGUAUACUCUCAAAGGACUCGAGCACCUUGAUAUCUGUCCCUCUUGCAUGGGACAGAUUGCCCAUUCGCGCUUUCGGGAGUACUUCGUCCCUAGUCUUCCCAAGCCCGUCGACCAAAAGAUCCGCUGCGCCUUCGCCAAUGCCUGGACCAGACUUGCUUGGACCCAAAUGAUCAAGAAGCAUCACUCUAGUCUGGAAAUGCUUUACCAAAUGACCCGUCCACCUCCCGGCUCCUCCGCAUGCCCAGGCCGCGUCGUUAGCGAGCAAGCCUGGCACCGAAUCGUCGACCCCGAGACGGGCACAUACCUCCCACGUUUCCACAUCUGCAGCAGCUGUGCCCGGAACGUGCGUAUCCUGAUGCCCUCCCACCGCGAAACCUUCGAACCCAGCCCCGACAUCCAAGAGCGGGUCUGCGAUUUCGUCACCACCUCCCCGCGCUUUGUGCAGUACAUCGACCUCCUCGACAACGCCGCUGCUCGCACCACCGACUCAUCCCGUCGCCCUGACCUGCGCGAUUUCCUCGCCUAUACCCGCCGCAAGGUUGUUCUCCGCGACUGUCGCCGCGACAGAGCUUCCCUCGGCAACUGGCACUACAUCCCGAACUUACCGGAGCUUACCGUCUGCGAGGACUGCUACGACGAAGUCGUGUGGCCGCUCACCAAAGCCCAGCAGCCUAUCGCCCGCAUGUUCUCGCCGAGUAUGCGUCCCUUGCCGGGUGAUGGCCCGAAUCAUUACCGCGAAGCUAGUUGCCAGCUCUACUCGCCACGCAUGCGUGCUCGGUUCCGGGAAAUGGUCGCCAAGGAUGAUUUCGCAGGCUUGAAGUCGUUCGCACUGCGCCGGUUCGAGGCUGAGCGCCGGUUCAGAGACCGACGGGAGGAGCUGAUGAUUUCUGAGUCCAAGGGCUACAACGUUGAUGAGGAGAUGAGGAAAGCUGUCGAAGAGUGGAGGAAAUGGGAAUGA